CAAGUAGGUCUUGUUAAUUUUUAUUACAAAACAAUAACACAUUCCGGGAAGUAAACACAAAGCACCAACAGCUACACGAAAACAGAAACCAAACGAAAAAGAAUAAAAAACUAAACCAAACUCACACUUGAAGCUUUUGUUUUCGGCCAAGGGAUCCAAGAUGCCGCGAGUGAAGCCCACCAAGAAGCUCGAUGUCCUGGGGAAUCUGGACCUUCGUCCCGAGGAAGCAGUUGGCGAUUUUAUCUGCUCAAAGCAGCAGAAUAAGUUCUUUGUGUGACAUUCCACCCAACUCGGACUCCGCUGGCGAUUCCAUCGAGUUGAUUUUCGUGAACAAUCUUCGUGAGCACGAUGCCAUGCUCAAAUUGCAGGACGAGAUGCUGGCCAGUGCCAAGCGGCAGAGCAAGGUGAACUCCUCCAGGGUGCGGAACAUGUACAAGAUUCAGGAGCGACUGAGGCGACGUUUCAUCGAGGUUAACAGCUUCAUCAAGGAUUGUGCGGAUAAGAAGCGAAUCGCUGAGAAAACCGUUCACAUGGAGACGCUCUACCACAAGGAACUCGGCGAUGGCAUUGAGAACUUCAAGGAUUCGAUCGGAGAACUUAAGGAUUUUCGGGAGGCUCUCAAGGCCACCGUCAAGGAGUUCCAGCCUUACGAGAAGGUGCUCGACGAUGUGGUUAAGGUAUCAGACAUAUUUGUAUCUCCAAAGGAUUGCAUGGACCGCUGCGAUGCUUUGAUGCUUGCCCAAGUGGAGAUCAACAAACUAGAGCAUGAAAAACUGGUCGAAAUUGAGAAUAUGCGGCAGCGUAUGGUGCAAAUUACAAAUGAAGCGGCUCUGACUGUGUUGGGCCUAAAAAACGAUUUGGCCAGGCUCGAACGCUCCUACAAUGAGUCCAGGGUUCAGUGUCUAAGGUGGGAGAAGAUCCUGGCCGACACCAAGGAUGAAAUAAGCAAUAGUUAUAUGAAUAAGGAGCGAACUAUAGAUGCGAUUAGCAAUCUUCACCGGAUUCUUUGUCGGCGACGAGAUAUACCUUUCACCUCUGCUCGCCUUGAAUUGGGAAAAAUGUUGGAUUCCAUUAAAAACGAGGUUGAGAUUCUGACUGGUGUUCUGAAGCAAGUUGAAAAGGAAUCCAUGGUUAAACUGGAUGAAGUAAAAGAACAGACUCUAUGCUAGUCAGAUGGAAAAAUUUCAAGUGUUCCGAUUAAAACUUAAAUAGUUCCUUAAAUCAAUAAAAAUUUUAAAAGAAUUAACUUCCAAA